AUGACCAGAAGCUGUACGACAUAUAAAUCCUUCGCAGUUGGCCAGCGAGCCACAGAAAACCGCCUCAAUGAGGCUACCGUCGCUGUCCAAAGCCAAAACCAAAACCAAAACGUCACAACCCACCAGGUCCGCCACGCCGACGAGGGACACACCCUCGUUAAGCACUCCCAGAAGCGGAAGAGGGCAGGACCUGGGAGGCCCUCAGGAACCACGGUGGCUGCCCGAGCCCCAGGGCAGCAGCGGCUCCAGCUCUCGGCUAGUCAGCCGAACGACUUCAUGUUCGGCAUUAGUAUUCCUACCUUUACGACGCCUACCGGAAAGGACACGACCGGAGAGGACAUGACACCUACCGGAAAGGACAAUACCCCUAGUGCUCAAUAA